CUUUACCUCGACAGCAUGUGCUCGGUGCCGGCACUAAAGCUAAAUAUACAAAUCCACCAGAAUGGCCAGCUGCCGUUCUCCGCUGGUGAGCAUGCAGCACAUGUCUGCUUCGCGCUGUCCGGGCUGCUGUCUGGUGUAAGACAAACCCUCCUUGCAGAUGUGUCUUUUGUCACAAGUUAUUCUGGGAAGAUAAACCUCACCCGCUGGCUUGUACAGGGCAGUGCUUCAGGAUUUAAAGCCGCGCUGUCCAGGACAAUCCGCAAUGCUGCUGCUCCAGGAGGCUUGGCGAGACGGGACGGGACGGGACGGGACGCCAAGGCUGCAGAAUCUUUCAAAGCAGACACAGUCCAGCAUGCCAAACUGGGGAGGAGGAGCCAAAUGUGCAGCCUGCGAGAAGACUGUUUACCAUGCAGAAGAAAUGCAGUGCAACGGGAGAAGCUUCCACAAAACGUGCUUCAUCUGCAAUUAAAGCCUCAGAAACCCACCAGCAACCCAACAUCGGGUAAAUUUGCACAGAAGUUCGGCGGUGCAGAGAGAUGUUCUCGGUGCUCCAAAUCCGUCUACGCUGCUGAGAGAGUCAUGGGAGCUGGCAAGCCUUGGCAUAAAAGCUGCUUUCGCUGUGCUCUCUGUGGGAAAAGCCUGGAAUCUACAACUGUGACAGAUAAAGAUGGAGAAAUCUACUGUAAGGUCUGCUACGCAAAGAACUUUGGUCCCAAAGGAAUGGGUCUUGGGAAUCUUGGAACUGCUGAAUAGAAGGAUUGAACUCCUCAGUGCGCAGUUGUGCCACAAGUUGUUUUGUACAAAUCCAGUCAAAAUAUGUAUCACUGUAAACCUCUGUAUGCAAUAAGAACCAUACAGAUCUGUAAACAUUCAAUAUUUAUUAAAAAGAUUCCAAAAUUGC